CCUGACCGGCUUCAUUAAUGCGUAGAGGAAGGGGAGGAGGUGGACAGCUCGUCUUCUACUUCCCAAUGUGCUGAGAGCUGCCGUUUCAUUUCACCACCGCCUCCGAACAGCCCGGUCCCUCCUCUCUCUUGGUGCCAGGGUUAAGUAUUACCAGUUUAUUUUUUACUAUUUACGCGAAACAAGUGCCAACAUUUCUCAGCCUCGCCAAGGAGAGGAAAGAGCCCGAAGCAGGACGGUGAAGAGAGAAGUUUAAAGCCCGGCUGCUGCUCAAGAGGACGGAGGAAUCGAGGUUUUUCACGGUCCUCGCUUUCUCUGCUUUCUGUUAAAUAUAUAUAUUUUUGGAAGUUAUCAUCGACUUCAGUGAAGUUUCCUGCUCGCCCCGGGAGGACGACACAACACGCCCGGAAUCAUGACUCGGAGAUCCUGUGCCAUUUACGCCACCGGGAUCGUGUGCGCUCACCUCCUGAUCGUGGGGAUCGCCCUGGUCGUGGCUCAAGUCUUCCAAACAAUGAUCCACAGCCGGUUAAAAAAGGAAAUUACUUUGACAGAGAAGAGCCAAGUGUUUGAGUCAUGGAAGAAUCCGCCUCCACCUGUUUAUAUGGAGUAUUACUUCUUCAAUGUCACCAAUCCAGAGGUGUUCCUGGCAGGCGGGAAGGCAGCUGUUAAACAGAUCGGACCUUAUACUUACAGGGAAUACAGGCCGCGGGAAAACGUAACUUUCCUGGAGAACGGCACCAAGCUUUACGCCCUGAACCCAAAAACUUUUGUCUUUGUGCCUGAGAAGUCGGCCGGCGACCCCGAGGUCGACAUCAUCAGGACCGUCAACAUCCCAUUUGUGGCGGUGUUGAACGAGCUGAGCAGCUACCCCUUCCUUCUGAGGACUUUGGUUUCCGUGUACAUGAACAGCCUGGGCAUCGAGAUGUUCAUGACCCGCACCGUCCAUGAGGUCCUGUGGGGCUUCAAAGACCCUCUGCUCUCCAAGAUUCACAACAUGAAGCCCGAAGUGGACGAAUAUUUUGGGCUGAUGUGGAAGAAAAACGGCACCCAUGAAGGGGAGUUUGUGUUCCACACCGGCGAGGAGAACUACUUGGAUUAUGGAAAGAUCGACACGUGGAACGGCCUGAGGGAAAUGUCGUGGUGGUCCUCCAAUCAGAGCAACAUGAUCAACGGGACGGACGGCGCCGUCUUCCACCCGCUGAUUAACAGGAACGAGCUGCUCUACAUCUUCGCCGCCGAUCUCUGCCGGUCUAUUCACCUGGCCUAUGUGAAGGACGUGGAGGUGAAGGGGAUCCAGGCUUAUCGCUGCCCCCCGAGCGAUGUCCUCAAGCCCAAAGACAACCCCACCAACGCCGGCUUCUGUGUGCCGGCCGGGGACUGCCUCGGCACCGGAGUGCUCAAAGUCAGCGUUUGUCGAGAAGGUGCUCCCAUCGUGGUGUCCUUCCCCCACUUUUAUCAGGCCGACCCCGUUUACAUCAACGCCGUCGACGGGCUCAGCCCCAACAAGGAGGAGCACGAGACGUACCUCGACCUGCAGCCGACAACGGGGGUUCCCAUUCGUGCCUGCAAGAGAGCACAGCUCAAUAUCAUUCUGAAGAGGGUCCCCGGCUUCCCCAAAACUAGGUACAUCAACGAGACCAUUUUCCCCAUCAUGUUCGUCAAUGAGACGGCGACGAUCGACGAUGACUCAGCAGCUCAGAUGAGGACGCUGCUCCUCAUCGUGACUCUGGUGUCCAACUUCCCAGUGCUCAUCGUGGGCAUGGGCAUCAUCCUGCUGCUGGUGCUCGUUGUCUUGUUCUGCCGAAACCGCCAGAAGAAGAAUGAAGUAAAACGUAUUGAUUUUACUGAAGCUUUUCAUUCUUUUGCUACGGCGAAAGACGACACGGCCUACACGCAGGUCAGCGACAAACCGGACGAGCCGUCGGAAACGGCGGCCAACCAGCCGAUGAGGAACGGCUCCUACAUCGCCAUGUCUCCAGUGGAGGCGCAGAAGUGUUGAUCGAGGAUCCCCCCCGUCUCCCAGCGUGGAGCUCAGGAAGGGGGCUGAGGGAGCAGCACAGGGGCGUUACAUUACCGCGGGUGGGAGUUUGCAUAUACGCUGGGCUCAAUUUCACUUAAUUUCGGGGGUUUGGGGGAAAAGUGGUGGGACACAAACCCCAUUAGCCAACAAAGACAUUGCUCCUCUCACUGAGCCUUCUCAUGACUGACCGGCCUCCUCCACUCUACCUGCUGAGCAUGGCCCUCACUGCCUGCAGUACUGCAACACAACCAACACCCCCCCACCCCAACACUCUAAUCCUCAUUUCCGUCCUGGUUGGGCCCCAAAGACGGAGGGACUCUUCGGCGGGCUUCGGCUAGGACGAGCCUUUUCUUUUCCGUAAAAUUCUUCUGAGGGAACACGGUAGCGUAGGUGUCGCUGUUGCACACGGAUGCAUGAUCUUCAGAGCAGACUCGAAACAAAACAAAGAGCAUUCACGGGAACAGCUGUGGGUGUUUACAGUAGUGUUCUUGCUCUUUUUCCUCUCUAUCAGUGUGGCGUGAGGAGAAAACUUCUAUUACUAAAAGGCCCUGUAAAGUUAGGACUAAACUCUGAGCUCCUGGACUCAAAAGAUCGAAUGGGUUUGCUAGCAAAACUUUUAUAAAAGGAGAAAAAGAAACCUGACUGAGCCAAACUAUUUAUAGCAUUUUGCCUUUUAUUUUUUCCUAAGAUGAAUUAGUGCACACACACACAGAUAAACACAUCACACUUCCAGUAACAGAGAAAGCGUGUGCACCUUUAUCUCACACCUCAGCGUCCUGUUUUCAUGGACAGUGGGCCACUAUUUUUCCUAGUGACACCUGAAAUACUCGUGAAUUUGAUCCCCUUCCUCCACCUUAACUCAGCUUUUUUUUCUUUCUAAAACACUAGUUAGAAAUUAAAAAUAACAUCAGCUACAUUUCAAAACUUCUGUCUAGUUAAGCUGAUGACUCGUUAGCUGUGAAAUUAUUAGGAAAGUCGCACCUUUUUAGGCUUCAUCACAAAAUGGGGAAUAAAAGGAAGAUUUAACAAAGGAAAAAAAAACACCCACAGAACUUACAAGGGAGACUUGAACCUGCUUUCUGCCUUACAGUGGUUCAGUUUGUUCAAACGUCAUUCAAAUAAGCUGGAGAUCUCUGGCGGUUAUUGUACAUAUGUAAAGGGGAACUGUUGAGAUACCUCUGACCAAAUCCAGCAAGCAGUCCUGCUCGGUGUGCUGAAAGACACUAACUUUGCUCUGGUGUCGACCGCUCCUUCACAUCUACACAGUUACGUAUUAGAGAAAGCACAAUUUGGAUUGCUAAAACCAGUCCUCACACAAGGCUACCAGGUGUUUUUUUUUGUGUGUGUGUCCUGUAUUAUAUAUAAAUAUCGAGAACAUUUACAGCUGAUCUGUCAAAGACACUGUCAAGUGCCCAGACUUAUUAAACUGAGCGGGAGCUUCUCGCCGCUGUGCAGUCGUUCGGUUUGCCAAGGAGCUGUAGGCAUUCAGGCAAACUCAGCACACAGCACUUGAAUCACUGUUUGUCUUACGUUUCAUGUUGUGUUUUUAAGCUCUCUGUCCGCCACAUUUUCAAACCCGCCGGUGGUGGGAAGUGAAUUUAAGGCCAUAAUACUGUCAGCGUGGAAAAUUCCCUGCACUUUGCCUGGAAAUUGUGCCCUGUGUACUUUCAUUUUUUUUGUUGUUGUUAUUGUUUGUUUUUGUCCUGUUUUAUUUCAAUGCAGGUGGUCCAUGUGUUCAGCACAUUUCAAAGGUUUUGUCCCGACUAGUAUUGCUCGUGAAGGAUGCUGCUGUGAUCCGACAGCAGACCUCCCUGCCUCUGUGUUACUUGCUUCUCAGCACAUGGAGUGUCUUCUUUUGAUAUACUUUUGUAUUUGUUAUUGCUGCUACAAAAUGCCAUAACCGAUGGACUUUUGUAUUUGUAUUUACCACAGCGUGCUCGGCUCCAAGUUGAUCCACAGAGGCUUUUUUUUGUCUCGAGGCUUGUUGUGUUGCCAACCCUUUGACACCUGAGCACAAGAUACAAAGCCCAAAGCUUGCUGCCAUUCAUUGGACUUAGCAGUUACAGUUUUUUUGUAAAGUUAUCACACUCAUUCCUUUUUACUAGCAGGUGAUCUGACCAUAUCACACGUGUCGUUUGGGGGGGUUUAUUCUUCGGGUUAGUAAACUUGACAGUUUGUUAAAGGUGCCCAAAAGGGGACGAGCCACUUUGGCGCCAUCUAAUGUUGGUGUCAGAAGUCUGAUUGUGGGUUUAGGAACACUGUGGUGGAGAGUCCUUGAAAGCAUCGGUUUGGAAAAGACGCUUAUUUGCUUUGAAGUUUGAUGCUACUCUGUUCAUUAAGGCUGAUUGGCUUAAAUUAGCACAAAGUCUGGAAAUGGCUAAGCUGGCUCUAUGGAGCAAUGAAAGCCAGGAGCACCUCUGGAGUUCAGUAAACGUGUAGCGUCUUGGCUUUUUACUCUAUACAGAAACCAAAAAGCGCAAUUCAGGCUCCAGAAAUUGGGCAAAUAUGUCAGUUUUUGCACGUUGGAAGAGAUGCUUCAAGUUGCUGAUGUGAGGAUUCCUCUGCGUUUCCAUGCCAGGCCUUUGUGCUAAGCUAAGCUGAUCAUCUGCACAGAUAGAAAAGUGGUGUCGAUGUUUUUUAGCCACAAAGCAAAUAGCUCCAACAAUGUUGAACUCUUCCUCUGAAGCAAAAUCGAUUCACUAAAGGCCUUUUUAUUCCACCCAAUGCACGCGACCGGCACCUUGUGCAAACUCACAGUUCAUCCUUGUUCACCUUUUUUGAUAUCUUGACUUGAACCUUUUCCUCGAGAGAGUCGCGCGCGCGUGUGUGUGUGUGUGUGUGUGUGAGUUGCUGUCCAAACACCUGAGCCAUCACUCCUCUCUACUACGCUGACCUUUGAGUCCGAUCCUUGAAGCCCAUUGGCUCGUCCCUGCUCGACCAAAGAUAACCCGUGUAGAUCUGCCCCCCAGCGCCGUGUUUACUCUGCGAUAACGGCCGUGCCACAAAAACCACCGCCUGCUUUUUCCUUUUUUUUUUUUUAAAGCAAACAAAAUCGUGCCACCACUUACAUGAAGUAUUUGCAGCGGUGUUGCGUGUGUUUUUGUGCCUUCACAUCGAGGCAAAAACAAAAAGAAGAAAAAUUUGAUGUUUGAGUAUUGCUCCUUUUUUUUUCACCCAGCGCAAAGCAAACAAAAGUAAUCAAUGCUCUUUGUGAGCUGAAGAAAUCUCAGUAUUAUGUAAGACAAAGCAAUACAGAGUUGUGUAAAAUAAAUAGUGGAUGUUUUAUAAGGGGCCACGCGAUAUUUAUGUUAUUUUCUUCCCUGAAAUUCCUGUUUAGGAGUGUAGGAGUAUUUUCUUUUUUUUUCCUGUAGAUUAAUUUAGACAUUUUAUUUUGUGAUAUUUCAGCACAUUUCAUUGUCGAUCAUUUAAUUUUUUUCACACUGAAAUUACAAAAAGAUGGACCACUACGUCACACUGGGAACAGUCAAAGUCCUGUAAAGAGUCUGUAAGAGUGAUCAUGAUUGUUUUAAGUUUUGGGCGUUUGUGUUUAAUGAGUAUGAGAAUGUGUUUGUGGAGCGAUGCGCCGUUUCUAUUGAACUGGAGUGAUUUACUGGAAGGCUGAUUAUCUUGACUGAGAAAAGCGUUGAUGCUGUGUAAGGUAUUUAGAUGAAUGAAGCCCUCCUUUGGGGAUGAGCACUAGUGCCAUACCAUCCUUAUUGUCAUUAUUAUUAUUAUUAUUAUUAUUAUUAUUUUCCUUUCAAUUUGCUCUUUGUAACAACACGUCUCCCCAUUUCAAUACCCUGAGGUCACUAACAGACGUUUCCUUAUGAGAUGUACUAAUUUGUUUUGCUGCUGAAAAUGACAAUCCCCCUUGUCAUGUUAGGUGCAAAAUGAUUUCAAAGUAAUAUUCAUUUUUAGUUUUGAUAAUUUACACUGCACAGAUGUUUCUACAGUGCUUUUGUAAACCUUUCUAGUGUAUUUGCAAAAAAAUAAAAUUGCAAAGUUUA